UCGCCUGAUAAAAAGGGUUCUUCAAAACAAUAAACGAUCCAUGAUGGACUCUAACAAAUGAAUGACUCAGAUUGUUAGUUCGACUUAUUUAUGUGCGAACAAUCUGGACCGUCAAUUUUAUAAGGUACCGAUUGGAUGCCUGGAUAUGUCUGAUUUUUGGUUGGUAAGCCAUAGCAUGCCUUCCAGAGCUAACCUCAUUCUCUGCAGUUGCAUCCUAAACUCUCCUCUUCUUUUCUUCUCUUCAUUUGCAUCUUUCACUACUCUCUCCUUCUCUCUCUCUUCCAUAUCUUCAGAGUCCUUCCCAUUUCCUACUUCCAUACCUAUUUGAACUCAAAUUCCUCCCUUCUUCCCAUCUACAUACCAAAACAAUUCUCUCCCUCUCUCUACCAUAUCUUCAGAGUCCUUCCCAUUUCCUAUUUCAAAUUAUUUCAAAUUCCUCCCUUCUUUCCUUCUCUACAUUUGCAUCUCUCUCUCUCUCUCUCUCUCUCUCUCUCUCUCUCUCUCUCUCUCUUCUAUACCUUCAAAGUCCUUCCCAUUUCCUAUAUUUACACCUCUUUGAACUCAAAUUCCUCCCUUAUUUCCAUCACCACCAAAAGCAGAAAACAUGGUUGAUUCGAUCGUUGAUUCACUGGUUUCACUUGCCAUAGAAAAUUUGGCCAAAGUUGUUAAAGAUGAGGUGGUUUUGUUGGAGGGUGUCACCAACGAGAUCAAAAAGCUUUCCAGUACGUUCACCUCGAUCCAAGCUGUGCUUAAAGAUGCUGAAACUCGGCGACUGAAGGACGAUGAAGUGAAGAACUGGUUGGAGAGGCUCAAAGACGUGGCCUACGAUGUGGAUGACAUACUAGAUGAAUGGAUGACGGAAACUCUCAAAUCACAAGCACCUGAUGAAGAUAGUAGGUCCUGUUUCAGCAAGAAGAAGGUAAGAAGCUUCCUGUCGUCUGUUAACUGUUUCAAUCAUGUCGUGUUACGCCACAAAAUUGGGAGUGCGAUAACGGAGGUGAGGGGUAGAUUAGAUGAUAUUGAAAAAGAUAAGAACCAAUUGCGUCUUAGAGUUGAUAGUGGGGAGAGGGUGGAUAGUGAAGUGAGGCGGGGAGAGAUCAGAGAGCGAGAGACUGGCUCCCUACCCAAUCGACUGUCAAUUGUAGGUAGAGAAGAUGAAAAAAAUAAAAUUCUAGAAUUCCUGCUGGGGGAGAGUAGUGGAGAGGUGGAGAAGGUGUAUGCUGUCAUUUCAAUCGUUGGAAUGGGGGGCUUGGGCAAAACCACCCUUGCUCAGCUCGCCUACAAUGAUGAGGAAGUGAAGAAGCAUUUUGAUACGAGAAUGUGGGUGUGUGUAUCUGAAGAUUUUGACGUGAAACGGAUUACAAAAUCAAGCAUAGAAUCUGCAACUGGGACUGGUUGCGAGUCAUUAGACUUGGCCCCAUUGCAGGAUCACCUCCGUCGUAUGUUGCACUCAAAGCGAUUCUUACUUGUGCUUGAUGAUGUUUGGAGCACUAACAAUGAGAUGUGGGACAAGCUGAUACCUCCCUACCAAGAAGGUGCACGGGGGAGUCGAAUCAUUGUAACCACUCGCAGUGAAGAUGUUGCACGGGCGAUGGGAAGGGGUCGCAUACAUAAACUGGCGAGCUUAUCCUUUGACGAUUGCUGGUUAUUGUUCAGCCAUGGAGCGCUUGAGCAUCGGAGUGCAGAAGAGCGUUCAGAGUUGGAUGUGAUUGGAAAGGAAAUUGUAAAGAAAUGUGGAGGGGUGCCUCUCGCAGCAAAGACAAUAGGGAGUGCCUUGGGCUCGAGAAGGACGAGAAGGGAGUGGGAGCUCAUCUUGGAAAGCGAUGUAUGGAAUUCACAUGAUGUCUUACAAGGCAUUUUACCAGCUUUGUUACUCAGCUACUAUGACUUGCCUCCUGCUUUGAAGCAAUGCUUUGCAUAUUUCUCCGUCUUUCCGAAAGAUUGGGAGAUAGAGAAGGAUAUGAUAGUCAAGUUAUGGGUGGCACAAGGUUUCAUCCGCUCCGAUAGAAGCAGAGAUAUGGAGGAAAUUGGUGGGCUAUAUUUCGAUGAUUUACUAAGACGCUCGUUGCUCCAAGAUGCAGAACUCCACUAUGUGCAGAAGUACAAGAUGCAUGAUUUAGUUCAUGAUCUUGCACAAUCUGUUGCAGGAAGUGAGUGUUCAGUGGUGGAGAUGAGAAAGCAAUCCUCAUUGAACCUAAAUAAUCUCCGCCAUUUGUUUUUAAUUGACAGUGAUGACGCAGGUGACAGUGAUGAGGAAGUUGACAGUGAUGGCGCAGGUGACAGAGAUGACAAAGUUGACAGUGAUGGCGCAGAUUGGGCCACCUUGUAUAAGGCACAAAAGUUGCGGACGUUGCUACUGUACUCAAGAAAGGUGCCAAACAAUUUAUUUCAUCAUUUCAGGCACCUCAGGGCAUUGGACUUGAGUCGCACUAGCAUUCAGAAAUUGCCUCGAACAGUAGGAAAUUUGAAGCACUUGAGAUAUCUUGAUUUAUCAUGGACAAAGAUCGAGAAGUUGCCAGAGGAGGUGAGUAAUUGCAGAAAUUUACAGACCUUGAGACUCAAUGAUUGUCAUGAUCUAAAAAAAUUGCCUAGAGGGCUGAGAAAAAUGAUUGGCCUGAGACAUCUAGAAUUAGAAAGCACCUACAAUUUGAAGGACUUACCACAGGGCAUAGGGAAACUAAGUAGCCUUCGGACAUUAACAAAGUUCAUAGUGGGGGGUGACCGUGAAGGAUGUAAAUGGGGAGAACUGAAACACCUCAAUCAUCUUCAAGGAAGUCUUGAAAUUAAUUGGUUGAAAAAUGUGAGGAGCAGAGAUGAAGCUAGGGAGGGAGAACUGAAUAAGAAGCAGAACCUUAAUGAGCUGAGCUUGGAUUAUGGGUAUACUGAACUAAAUGAGGACGUGUUUGAGAUCCUCCAGCCCCACACAAAUUUAAAAGUGUUGGAAAUACAGAGAUACGGAGUUUCCAAGCUUCCCAAGUGGACAGGGGAUCCGGUUUUCUCCAAUCUAGUCAAGGUGUACCUCUCGUUUUGUUAUAAGUGUACGCAAUUGCCCGGUCUUGGGAAACUACCAUCCCUUAAAUACCUUGAUAUUAGUUUCCUGGAAGAGGUGAGAAAGGUGGGUGGUGAGUUUUGUAGGGAUGAUAACAAUGACGAAAGUGGUGGUGGUGGUGGUGUCUCAUUCCCAAAGCUGGAAACCCUCUCCUUCUCAAACAUGUCAAAAUGGGAGGAGUGGGAAUUGAGAGGUGAAGAUGAUGGAGAGGUUAUGCCAUUACUCCUGGAAUUACGAAUAGAUAGCUGCCCAAAGCUGAAGGAGUUGCCCAGCAAUCUUCCACCGCUCCUCCAGAAGCUGACUUUGUAUAAAAGUAAUGUUGGAAUGUUAUCCGGUGUGCCCUUACCCGUCCUCCCCAACCUUAACCAUUUGAAGAUUCGUUAUAAUCCAGAGCUGACAUCGUUCCCAUGUGGUUGGUUGGGACAACUCAAAGCCCUCCAAACUCUGGAUAUCUUGGAAUGUCUAAAGUUGAGGUCUCUAACAGAGUUGCAACACCUCACCAUGCUUCAAAAUUUAGUGAUCUGGAUGUGUCCAGAGUUGAGAUCUCUACCAGUGGAGUUGCAACACCUCACCAUGCUUCAAAAAUUACACAUCUACGAUUGUCCAGUCUUAGAAGAACGCUGCCGAGAAGGAGGAGAAGAUCGCUACAAGAUCGCACACAUCCCCAAUAUCAGAUUGGGUCGCCGAUAAGAGGAGUUGGAGAGAGAAAUCAACGAUAGCUUUUCAUUUGCUUCUCUUUCCCCAAACUGUGUUGUUGCUGUGUGUGUAACUGCUCUACCUUCCCUUUUUUUUUUUUUUUUUUUUUUAUUAGGGUAAAAGGAUGUUCAUAGAUGUUUAUUGCCUUUUUAUUUGCACUGGAGGUCAGGUUCUUGCCCCCCUCCAUCUUAUGUAAUUUUUCUGUUUUAUUAAUAAAGUUUAUGCUGCGACCGUCCACCAUCACACGCACACACACAAAAACACUACAGAUCAUGUGACCAUGGCUAUACAGUUGCUUUUAUUUUUAUUUUUUUCUCAAAGAUUAGUUAUAUAAGAUCAUGAGAUAGAUGGGCCACAUGUAUAUUAGAUAGUUUAUCAAUUUCUCUUAACCGUCCA